AUUUCUCUUUCUCUUUAAUCUCUCUCUCUCUCUCUCUCAAGAAAUUAAAACUCAAUUUUUCAUAUAUUGAUCACAUCCAUAAUCUUUCUCCUUCUUGGGUUCUAAUCUAUGCCCUGUUUGGAUUGAUGGGAUUGGUGCGUCCUUUGUAGAAUUCAAUUGUUCUCUGCAUGUGCAAAUCAAAAUGGGGCAGAGCUGAAAAUUUUGACAGAUAAUGACACACCCAUUUAGGCCAGGGUGCCCUUCAUUUUCUGGGUUCAUCCCAUUUAAUCUUUACUCAUCAUCAUCAGUCUUAUAAAUAUCCAUUCUUGGAGAAUUAUAUACCCAAAUUCAUCCCCUUUUUUUCUUCCUGGGUUUUCACUCUGCUUCUUUGAUUUAGUGACGAGGUUGCUGUAAAAAAAAAAGAGGCAGUUUCUGGUAAUUUAUCCCAAUUCUUGGCCAUUUUGGUGCUCAUCCGACAAGAUAUAUCUCUCAUUUGCUGUUGCACAAGGUUGUGCUUUCUGCAAAUUAAAGUACCCAAACAAAAACAAAAAAAAUACCCACCAUUUAUCUCUUCUCACUAUCUUCUCUCCAAGAAUGAAGUUUAUGAAGCUUGGAUCUCGCCCUGAUACCUUCUACACCACUGAAGCUCUGAGAUCAGUUUCCUCUGAAGUUUCAAGUGAUCUCAUUGUCCAAGUCAAAGGAUGCAGAUACUUGCUUCACAAAUUUCCCCUGCUUUCCAAGAGUUUGAGGUUGCAGAGGCUAUGCUCAGAAAUGUCAGAGAAGAAUCCGGAGACGUCAUCUCAGCACCAAACCGUGCAGCUCCGGGAUUUCCCCUGCGAGCCAGAAGCUUUCGAGCUCUGCGCCAAGUUCUGCUACGGCAUCACCGUCACCGUCAGCGCCUACAACAUAGUCUCCGCCAGGUGCGCGGCGGAGUACCUGGAGAUGACGGAGGAGGUGGAGAGGGGGAACUUGAUUCACAAGCUGGAGGCCUUCUUGAGCUCUUGCGUUCUCCAAGGGUGGAAGGACGCGAUCAUCACGCUCCAGACCACGAGGGCGUGUCCCUCGUGGUCCGAGGAGCUCGGGAUCACGGGGCGGUGCGUCGACGCCAUUGCCCUCAGGGUUAUGGCGGGCCCCGCGAAGGCGAGCCUCUCGAGAAGCUACUCGAGGCGGGAGGCGGUGGUUUCGUGGUCGGAGAGCAGGCGGGGGUGGUGGGCGGAGGAUUUGGCAGAGUUGGGCGUCGACCUAUAUUGGAGGACGAUGAUAGCGGUUAAAUCCGGCGGGAGGGUCCCGGCGAGCGUCGUGGGGGAGGCGUUGAGGGUUUACGCGUGCCGUUGGUUACCCAAGGUGUCGAAUUCCUCCACGACGGAGGAUUCGGAGGUUUCCAAACACGUCCAUGUCUUGGAGUCCAUUGUGAGUCUAUUGCCAGCGGAGAAAGGUGCUGUCUCCAGUACCUUUCUCCUGAGGCUGCUUAAAGCAGCCAGCAUUCUGAGAGUCUCGAGUGCCACGAAAAAGGAGGUGGCGAAACGGGUGGGGCUCCAAUUAGAAGACGCGACGGUGAAAGAUCUGUUGAUCCCAUCGGAGCCGUCCAAAAGUGAGACAACAACUUGUGAUGUCGACUUGGUUCUGACGAUGUUGGAACAGUUCAUGUCACAGGGGAAUCCCAGUCCCCCGACAAGUCCUCCUCGACACAGGAGGACCAAGAAAGGGGAAUUCGAGCGAAGAAGAUCUCGAUCGGCCGAGAACGUGGACUUUGAGUUCCAAGAAAGUCGGAGAUCUUCUUCUGCCUCGCAUUCCUCUAAGCUCAAGGUGGCCAAGCUUGUGGAUGGGUAUCUUCAAGAGAUCGCCGGAGACCCCAAAUUGCCCCUCUCGAAAUUCAUAGACCUCGCUAAAUCAAUCCCCGAUUUUGCCCGGAUCGACCAUGACGAUCUCUCCAAGGCCAUUGAUAUCUAUCUUAAGGCGCAUCCAGAACUGAACAAGACAGAAAGAAAGCGAUUGUGCAAGACGAUGGAUUGCAGCAGAUUAUCAAUGGAGGCGUGCAUGCACGCAGCGCAGAACGAGCUUCUCCCGCUCCGGGUAGUCGUCCAAGUCCUCUUCUUCGAGCAGGCCCGAGCCGCCAUCUCCGGGGGCGGAGGUGUGGCCCCCGUCGCGGAGCUUCCGGCCAACAUCAAGGCCUUGCUAGCCGCCAACGACCACAGCGACCUCAAGAAGAGCUCCGCCGCUUCGUCCUUCGCGAACCACCACAAAAUGACGCCCAACCCGAAGCUUGCGACGCUGAAGAUGAAGCUCGCGGAGGACUACGAGUUGGACGACGAAGACGACGGGGUUGGGGACGAUUUUUCGAGCCAGAAAAUGCUCUGCGUUCCUCCGAGUCGGCCCAGGAAGAUGUUUAGCAAGUUGUGGCCUAGCUGGAACUCUUCCGGACAUAAGAAUUGAAUAGAAAUUUUGCUUGUCUUAGACUCUCACGGUCUGAAAAUAUAACAUGUAAACAUACUCUUUGAUAUGGUGAAUUACUAUUAGUUUUUUCCCCUGCAAUUUCGGUAUGUAGCUGUUUCCAUUUUUAAUGCUCUGUAAUAGUUAGAAAAGGGUGAAUCACAAUGUCUAUAGUUGUUGUAACUGAAGCUAAUAAAGAAAAAGUACGCUC